CACCUGUGCCCAGCAGUGCACCCACCUGUGCCACCCUGCAAUUUCACACACCUGUGCCCAGCAGUGCCACCCACCUGUGCCCACCCACCAGUGCCGCCCACCAGUGCUGCCAGUCAGUGCCACCAUCAGUGCUGCCAGUCAGUGCCCAGCAGUGAUGUCUAUCAGUACCCAUCAUUAGUGUCACCUAUCAGUGCCGCCUAUCAGUGCUGCAUAUUAGUGCCGCCUAUCCAUGACACCUCAUUAGUGCUGUCUAUCAGUGCCGGCUAUCCGUGCCACCUCAUUAGUGCUGCCUAUCAGUGCCCUUUAGUGCUGCCUAUCAGUGCCCAUCAG